GCUCGGGCUCCGCGGGCGGAAGAGGCGGCGGCGACAGCAGAAGCGGCGGCGUCGGCGGCGGCGGUGGCGGCGGGAGCCGAGGAGGAGGCUCCGGACGCUGCUCAGGAACCGGGGACGCCGGAGUGCCCGCUCCCCGAGCGCUCAGCCCCAGAGGCGUCAUGGCUGAAUACGGGACCCUCCUCCAGGAUCUGACCAACAACAUCACCCUUGAAGAUCUGGAACAGCUCAAGUCAGCUUGCAAGGAGGAUAUCCCCAGUGAGAAGAGUGAGGAGAUCACUACUGGCAGUGCCUGGUUUAGCUUCCUGGAGAGCCACAACAAGUUGGACAAAGACAACCUCUCUUACAUCGAGCACAUCUUUGAGAUUUCCCGCCGUCCUGACCUCCUCACCAUGGUGGUUGACUACAGAACCCGUGUUCUGAAGAUCUCUGAGGAAGAUGAGCUGGACACCAAGCUGACCCGUAUCCCCAGUGCCAAGAAGUACAAAGACAUUAUCCGGCAGCCCUCUGAGGAAGAGAUCAUCAAAUUGGCUCCUCCACCGAAGAAGGCCUGAGCAAGGGGGAGGAAGAGGAGGAAGGUUGGACCUUCAUCGGACCACUCUCUUCCCCCAUCCUCCCGGGGAGGGUGCAAGGGCACCCCCCGCCACCCACUUACUAACCUGGUCCUAACCCCCUUACUGUGCGCGUGUGUGUGUGUGCGCACGCUCUGGCUGUCUGUCUAUAUGUCUAGCUCAUCUAGUUCCUCCUCCUUGUGAGGGGAUGGGGGUCAGGGGCUGGGGGUGGGGGGGGCUCAGUUUCCCCACUCUAGGGGGAGCUGGGGGCUAUUUCUAUGCAAAUAGAAAUGGGCACAUUCCUCCUCCUUCCCUUUCCUCCACUCUUCCCCCACAUCUCUAAAGUGUGGGAGCAGAAAGGACCUUUAUUUUCCUACAUUGAGGAGGCAAGGUGGGAGGCAUGGGAGAGGUGGGUGAAUCUAAUAGAAAGCAGUGGGAUGGAAGAUGCAGAGACUACCCAACCCCCGCCUGGAAGGGUCAAAGAAAAGCCAGAGUUCGUGUCCGUACCCCAGUGCUGGACUGGCUGAAGAGUCUAGUUUCCAGCUGUUCCUCAGGUUGGAGGGCCUGGGCACGAGCAGGUUCCUUUUUGCUCCCUCUCAUGGGCCUAGGACGUGUAUGAGCCAGGGAACUGAAGAGCGAGGAUCACUGGAUCUUUUCUGGCCCCAGAAUUUAUCCCAUGGAGCAUCCAGCAUUAGAUCCCGCCUCCGCCUCUGCUCUGGAGACUGCUGGGAACAUGCCCCACUGGGGCUGAGUGGGGAUGAGGGCAGAGUCCCCUCUUCGACUCCUUUAUUCCUACUCAGACUGUUGCACAUACUGACCUAGGGAGUUCGGAGAAUUGAGAUCCUUAGGUUUUAACUCUAAUCCUGCUUCCACCUAGAGUCCCAAUGUGGUUACUGCAGGCAACCUUUCCUCUCUCUGCAGUCAAGAACCCCUCCCCAAGCCAGAAAGGGGAUGAAGUUACCUACAGUGUUUUCUGUUGCACUGAUCCCCAGUUCAGUCCAGGAGGGGACCUGGUAACCCCUCUCCCUCAAUAUCCUGGCACCUUGGGCUUAUGAGCGCCUCCUAGCCAAGUCACCAGAGUCCAGUGACCCCAGCCUCCUGCCUGUCCCAAGAUACCCCUGCCCACCCUGACCGUGCUAACUGUGUGUACAUAUAUAUUCUACAUAUAUGUAUAUUAAACCCGCACUGCCAUGUCUGCCCUUUUUUUGUGGUGUCUAGCAUUAACUUAUUGUCUAGGCCAGGGCGGGGGUGGGAGGGAAAUGCCACAGUGAAGGGAGUGGCAGAGACAAAUUGCUACAUAGUCAAAACGAAAAAGAAAACUUAAAAAAAAAAUUCGCAUGUCAAGAGACUAUUUAGAGUAAGUUUAAGCUAGGAGCUUUUAGGAUGUGGGAGCAAAGCUUUAGGUGGAGGGGAGGGCUGACUGUUGGAAGAGGGAAGAAGCCAGACUGGUUGGAGAGCACCCUUCUACUCCUAACCCAGCCCAGCCUGCCUGUCCCUUCUGGCCACUGCUGCGGACACCUGCCUUAACACAUACACCUCGAGUAUUCCACAGGUUUGCCUUAAAGGACCUUCCCAAGUUUCCCCAGCCCUGUCUGGCUUCUCCCUCAAGAAGAGAGAGGGAUACCUGUAGAACUAAGAAGGAGAAGGUAAGCAUGAAUUGUCCUUCCAAGGCAGCAUAUGUUAAGUGAGAUUGAGAGAGAGAGAGAGAAAGAGAGAGAAUGAGAGAAUGAGAAUAAAGAGUUUCCUUCAAAGAGAGAAGUUGAGAUGGGAGAAGGGAGACAGGGUCAUUUUCAGUGGAGUCUAGUAAUUUCUGUAAGGCAAAAUAAUCUAAAAAGACUAACCUGCCCACCCACCCCUUGUACUGCUGUGAAAUUGCCCCUAUCCUGUGCUCCUCCGUCUGCAGUGUGCACGGCCUUGUUCUAACCCUGGAAUAAAGGUGAUUGAUUGUACUGUA